AUGUGGGCAGCUUCAUGCCUUGCCUCCUGCUGUGCAGCAUGCGCAUGCAAUGCAUGCCAGACUGUUGUGUCAGGGAUUAGCCGUAGGUCUGCUCGUAUUGCUUACUGUGGUCUCUUUGCUCUUUCUCUCAUUGUUGCUUGGAUUCUAAGAGAAGUUGCUGCACCACUUAUGGAGAAGAUUCCAUGGAUUAAUCAUUUUCACCAAACACCAGAUAGGGAAUGGUUUGAGACUGAUGCUGUUUUGAGAGUUAGUUUGGGGAACUUCUUGUUUUUCUCAAUUCUUUCUCUUUUAAUGGUCGGGGUGAAGAAUCAGAAAGACCCACGAGACAGUUUACACCAUGGUGGAUGGAUGAUGAAAGUCAUUUGCUGGUGUCUUUUGGUAAUCUUCAUGUUUUUCCUCCCAAAUGAGAUCGUUAGCUUUUAUGAGUCAACAUCAAAAUUUGGGUCAGGGUUAUUUCUCCUUGUACAAGUUGUGCUCCUGUUGGACUUUGUUCAUAGCUGGAAUGACACAUGGGUUGGAUACGAUGAACAGUUCUGGUAUACAGCCUUGCUUGUGGUUUCACUCGUGUGUUACGUAGCAACAUUCUCCUUCUCUGGACUUCUCUUCUAUUUGUUUACCCCAUCUGGACAGGAAUGUGGGCUCAAUACGUUCUUUAUUGUCAUGACCCUCAUUCUUGUCUUUGUGUUUGCCAUUAUCACUCUGCAUCCAACAGUAAGUGGAAGCAUUCUGCCAGCAUCGGUUAUAUCUUUGUAUUGCACGUAUCUUUGCUACAGUGGACUUGCAAGUGAACCAAGGGAUUAUGCGUGUAAUGGUCUUCACAAGCAUUCAAAAGCAGUGAGCACUGGGACACUUACUGUUGGGCUGCUCACAACUGUGCUCUCUGUGGUUUACUCUGCUGUGCGUGCUGGGUCCUCUACAACUCUCCUUUCCCCUCCUUCCUCCCCUCGUGCUGGUGGGGAGAAACCUUUGUUGCCAUUAGACAAAAGAGAUGAGCAUGAAGAGAAAGAGAAUGUUGCUAAGCCUGUUACGUAUUCCUAUUCAUUCUUCCACAUCAUCUUUUCUCUUGCCAGCAUGUACUCAGCAAUGCUGCUCACUGGCUGGUCAACCUCGGUUGGGGAGAGCGGGCGGUUGGUGGAUGUCGGGUGGCCGUCUGUGUGGGUCCGGAUCAUAACCUCCUGGGCAACUGCCGGUUUGUUCAUCUGGUCUAUGGUUGCCCCUCACCUCUUCCCUGAUAGGGACUUCUGAGGGCAAUAUCGUAAUAUUUCACACUAAUACAUUACCUACGUAUUUGUAUUUGAUUUUGUGUGCUGAUGUUUGACUGAGUUGCUGUUGGGUUUGUUUUUCUUUUGUUUAAUCAUGUGAAAUUGUGAAUAAAUCUUUUAUUGAGUCUCGAUGUGUGCUUUUUUUUUUUCAUUAUGUAUGAUAAUACUAAUAGAUAAGUUUGAAUCGGG